AUGGUGAUCCAACAGGUGCACAGCAGGGGGCGAGUGGCAGCUGAGAGAAGGGGAGGUCACUCUGACGACAAGAAACAGCCACUGUUGGCGUUGCUGAUCUUGGUGCUAUAUGUGGGCACAGGAAUAUCAGGAAGAAGCUGGGGGGUGUCAGAAAGAAUCAGAGAAUGUAACUACGUCCAGAAUCCUAUGACUUCCCAGGUGUUUGAAUACCAGACCAAUGACCCCUCAGAAGAGCCAAUCAAGGUCAUCAGGACCUGGUGGAAGGAGAACUUGCAUGUUUUCGUGGAGAAGCUAGAGAAAGAGGUGCGAGACCUGGAACAGCUGGUGCGAAACCUGGAGGAGUGGCUGGAUGCCCUCCUGGGAGACGGGUACCCAGAGGAGCCCGGCGCCACCCUCAAAAAUCACUCGUCCAACUCUAGGGGGAGUGGAUGGGAUACAAUUGGCCCAUCUCAUUCACUGGAGUUUCUGGUGCUGAGCCAGGCUCUGUGCCAGGCAGCCUUUGGAUUGAGUGAGCUUGGGGAGGACCAGGUGCUCCGGGACAGAGCUGCUCAUACAAGAAACAGCCUGGGCCCCUUCCUGACAAGAGGCUUUGGACCACACGUGAUGACCUGA